GGCUGUGGCUAAUGCCUUCAAUGUGAAUUGUGCCUCUUGACAGGAGAAGUAAAUAUCUACAAACACAGCAGUUAUCUUAUCUUCUGAGCUGGAAAACAGAGAAUCAGGACUUGAACUCAUCACUUUAUGGAGCUGUAAUAUUAGCAUUAGCUCAGGUGUAGUUUUAGUUUUAUUUAAAGAUAGCUGUGGAUCAGUAAAUGCGUCUGUAUUACAGCAAAAUCACUGCUGUUGUCAGUGUCCAUAUUUUCUUCUGUAUCUUUCACUAUCUGUUAAAUGGCUCCAGCAUCAGCCUCCUGAAGGCAUCAUCUGCAGUCUCUGAUGUUCAGCUCAUUUUCACUCAUCAAAUUUAUAGACGGUCCAUUAUUUAGGAUGUGGUGUGAAUUCUGGUUUAUGGCGGACCUUUCUGGUGAUUCAAAUGCUUAAAAUAUUUUCAAGAUACCUAUCUCAUCUCAGAAAGCUUGUAAAAGGGUUUCAGUGUACAAACUGUACCAUGAAUAAUAGUUCAUCCUCCCCUGUAAUCCAAGUUAGAUAUUUAGUAGGCAUCAGUGCAGUCAUAAUUUUAAAUAACUGCCUAUUCAUUUAUAUUUUCUAGAUGUUGCCUUAUUGUUUUUGGAGAAAUGCUGAAAACAUUUUGCCAGAUUGUUGCCUGUUAACUCAUUAUAAAAAGCAAGAACAGAAAAUACUUGACUUUGUCUGGGCCAAAACACGAAUACCCAUUGCUUCAACUAACCCUUAGUGUUUUCACAGAUUGAUGAGGACUGUUAACCAUGGAUGCAACAAAUCAACUAAACAUGACUGAGGCAGAAGAUUCACAAGUUAAAUCUUCCAACUGUGGCUCAACUACAGAGACAAUGAGUGAAGAGAGGGUUUUAAAGCUGGACGACAGCACAAAGCUGGUUGGAGUUCAAGUUGUUCUCAUCCUUGCUUACAGCACCAUCAUAUUGUUUGGAGUCAUUGGAAAUUCCUUGGUGAUAUACGUCGUCUACAAGUUCAAAACUCUACGGACUGUAACCAAUUUCUUCAUCGUGAACUUGGCUGUGGCGGACUUGCUGGUGAACACGCUGUGUUUACCUUUCACCCUCGUCUACACGCUCUAUGGCGAGUGGAAGUUUGGUCGGGUGUUGUGCUUCAUGCUGCCCUGCGCUCAAGGCAUGGCCGUGCACGUGUCCACCAUCACCUUGAACAUCAUCGCCCUGGAUCGCCACAGGAGCAUUGUCUACCACACAGAGACCAAGAUGUCCAAGGACAUGUGCGCUGUGGUCAUUGUCAUCACGUGGGCCGUCAGCGCCCUGUUGGCCAGCCCGCUCGCCAUCUUCAGGGAGUACGGGACAUUCGAUCUUUCACCGGACGAGUCUAUCCAGGUGUGUGCAGAGAACUGGCCAGAAAGCAGCAUGAACGGAACCAUCUAUAGCAUAUCAAUGCUUCUGGUUCAAUAUGGCUUACCUCUGGCCAUUAACUCUGUCGCUUACAUCCGCAUCUGGAAUAAACUGAAGAAUCACAGGCAGUACGGAGGUCGAAAUGACCGCAGUCAGCGCAGGAAGAAGACAACCAAGAUGCUGCUGACCAUGGUGGUGGUCUUUGCAGUCAGCUGGUUGCCUUUCCAUGCGUUUCAGCUGGCUGCUGACAUUGACAGCUCUGUGCUGUCUAUGAAAGAUUUCAAGCUGCUUUUCACUGUAUUCCAUAUUGUGGCGAUGUGCUCGACAUUUGUCAAUCCAAUACUGUAUGGGUGGAUGAACAACAACUACAGGUCAGCCUUUUUGUCUGUGUGUAAGUGCUAUUGGCCCUUCAGUUUGAGGCCAAGAUGCUCCAACAACAGAGACACAAAAAAAGAGGAAGACAGGGUUUGCACAGAUUGUAAGUCAACAAAUGUAUAAGUUGCACAGUCAGAAAGUUCACUGCUAAUCAUUUGUGGAUAUGUGAGGUUUGUAUUUGGUUUUGUGUCUGCAUUUUGACCUUGUAAACUGAGGGAUGAUGAAAAUUGUAUGGGCUGGAAGAAAUUACUUUAAGAUUUAAAAGGGGGCUUCGGCUUUAAAAUAAGUCAAUUAUGAGGGAUGAUUGAUAAGUUUGUGGCCUCUGGCAGAAGGAGAUGAGUUAAAUGGUUCAACUCUUUGUCUGAAGGUAAUAACUUUUGUGGUAUUUCUGUUUUGGGUAAUUGAAAAUUGCAAGUCAGCACUAUCAGCCACAUGUUCAAACAAUCAUGCAUUAAUUAGUGCUAUUACAGUAAAUGAACUACACUGAACUAAAGAUAGACAACUGCAAAUUUCAGCAAAAUUAACCCAUCCACAUUAAACUGCAUUAAGUGAUACCAGCACCACAACAACAGAGCUUUGAUACGUUACUGGCUUACUAAGUCCUUAUGGUUAACAUAUUAGAAAAAUAAAGUUAAAUUAAUGAAAA